CAAUACUGGGUCCCCUCCCUUCUCCUGCUUCACCAAUGCCUGGUCUCAUGGGGUUAGUUUUGAACCCAACACUAUGGCGUCAUCCUCCUCCUUCCCAGCUCCUGGCUCCCGGUCCAAGAAGCCUCUGGGCAAGAUGGCUGGUCUUCAGGGUGCGCUCGGUGAAUUUUCCUAUCUGGAGACCGUGGUGCUGAGUGCCUAACAGGGUGUCUUUUGUCGUCUAAAUUGUCCAGAACCAUUCAGAGGAAGGAGCCAAGCAGAGAGGAAAACAAAUCAAUCUCCAGAACACCACUACCAAAAGCUGGGGAAGCUAAGUAAAAAGCAUUAUGCAGUACUGACAAUAUACCCGACACUGCAUUAUCUCAGUUAAUUGACAACUGAAACGAACCCAUUUUACAGAUGAGGAAAUGGAGACAGAUUGACUUGCUUGAGGUCAUACAGAAUGCAGACAAUCAAAGUAGGUCCACAAUCAAAUCUGCCUGACUCCAAAGUGUAGGCCCUGAACCACUAAGCUCUACGCUCUCCAGGAGUUGUGAGCAGUAGCCCUCUUCCAAACUUUCGUUUUACCCAUUAGCAACAGUCUAGGAUUUCUCAGGGCCAACCAAUGGGUAGCCCACCUUAACCCAAAUCCCCCUCCUCUCAGUGCUGAAAGUGGGUUUGGGGACUGACUGAUCCAUACUAACUUCACAUGGAUCUACUUACAGACUCGCAGAUGGUGGACUAGUCAGCUCUAGCAGAAGUUGUGGUUAGGGUAGGCUGGAAUGCCAGAAAUCCAAGUGCUGUCUUUCCCUAUCAGGUUGGUAAAACAGCCAGUUCUUUUUUUUUUUUUAAUAUUGUUAUUAAUACCAAGGGUUUUAAAAUUUUGAGGUAUAAUUGACAUACAUACAACAUUAUAUAUAUUUUGAAAACUGAUUACCACAAGUUUAGUUAACAUCUGUUACCAUACAGAACUUUUUUUCUUGUGUUGAGAACUUUUAAGAUCUGUUUAUUCUCUUAGCAACUUUCAAGCAUGCAAUACAGUAUUAUUAACUAUAAUCGCUUGCUGUUCAUUUGUCCCAGGACUUCUAAGACAGCCAGAGUUCUUGUGUCUUUUCCAAACCUUUGAAGAUAGUGAGCAUUUGUGGCACGUCCUGAGGGAUGUGCAGAGAGCCCUGCAGUAGGUCGGAGAAUCAGGUGGUGCUGGCCAUUGCAGGAAGGUGGGUGGGAUUCCAGCCUGGGCUCCUCUCUGCGGCCUGGAGGAGGCGACCUAAUGAGAAUUCUGGCCUGAGCAGAGUUUCUCCCGCAGACUGGCUCAGGCAGGCCCUAUCGAAGAAGCCCAAGGAGAUGCCCGUGUCCCAGGAAAGCCCCCCCUGUGACGCUCCACAGCCGAGAUCGCAGGACUGCCCCCCACCGCCGGGCCGCAGCUCCCCCACAUCGGCAGCGGUGUCUCCCGAUCUGCCGCCCGCACACGAGGGCGCCUCCAGCAGCAACAGCGGUGGCCGCUGGAGCAGGGACUACGAUGUGUGCGUGUGCCACAGCGAGGAGGACUUGGCGGCCGCGCAGGAGCUGGUCGCCUACCUGGAGGGCAGCUCGGUGGGCCUACGCUGCUUCCUGCAGCUGCGCGACGCAGCCCCAGGUGGCGCCAUUGUGUCCGAGCUGUGCCGCGCGCUGGACAGCAGCCACUGCCGCGUGCUGCUCAUCACGCCCGGCUUCCUGCGCGACCCGUGGUGCAGGUACCAGAUGCUGCAGGCCCUGAGCCAGGCCCCGGGCGCAGAGGGCCGCACCAUCCCCCUGCUCGCCGGCCUGGCCAGGGCUGCCUACCCCGCGGAGCUCCGCUUCAUGUACUUCGUGGACGGCCGGGGUCCUGAACGCGGCUUCCGCCAAGUCAAGGAGGCCGUCCAGCGCUAUCUGCAGACCCUCAGGUGACACUUCUUAUAUCACCAUGGGACCCAGAAAGUUGGCACAAAGCUGGAAAUCAAGUUAGAGAGCCCAGGGCCUUGGAUCCAACAGGUGUAACGAGGCCUAAGGAGCCAGAGUUGGCAGCACAUUGUAUGUGAUCCUGCAAUCAGGUUGCCCAGCAGGGCUCUCUUACUGUGAGAUCCCCAGGAAGGCCCUGGGAAGCUGGGGACUGCCCCAGGAAGUUCAUGGAGAAGUUGGGGACUCCCCCAGGGAGCUGGGGACUCCCCCCGGAAGGACAUAAGGAAGCUGGGGACUCCCCAGGAAGGCCAUGAGGAAGGCAAAAACUGGAGGUAGUAGUAGGUGCUCAUAUCAAGAUGACCACCGAUGUUUUGCCUCCUGCCUAAUUGGACAUGAGUUUGUCUUCUUCCCCUGGGAUUCUUCCCUAUGUCUUCUUCCCCUGGGAUUGCACAGUGGUGUAGAGAUGGAUUCCACCUGAAGAGGUGACUGUCACCUGAUGAAUGAACUAGAAGCCUAGAGUACGUGCCUCGGCGUGGAUGGUUUUACCAAUUACCCGGGGAAGCCCUGGAACAGAUGUCAGGAGAAAGCCACAGGUAGCGAGUCCUUCACAGUCACACUGCUGCUGUUUUUUCCCAGUGACAUUGUUCACUUGAGAAAGCUACAUGAAAGAUGCACUCAGCACCGAACUGUAUUUAUUUUUACUGCAUGCGUGUCAUUAAAAACCAAACCUAGAAUGUUCUGAAUGGACAGGAGAGGGCAGGGAGCGUGUGGGGUGAAGAGAAGGAAAGCUCAGAACUUUUACCUGGGAUCAAAAACCCACCCAUGGAUAUUUUGACACAUGGGGGCCUCAUCAGAGGUCUGGCAAGGACUCACGCUAUACAGUAGCUUCUUCACCUCUGCACGGAGAGGAAUCAGCGUUUUUCUUCUGGCAGAUGACUAUGUACCUUGUAGGACAGGCAAGGUUUCAUUCCUCUGUUCUCAGUAAGUUUGAUGAACUGAAAUGAAUUUCUUGUUCUCCCAAUGUGUACUUUCGUGCCUCUUCUCUCACUUCCCCCUACCAUGUCUCCUCCUUUUACUGAAAACAAUUUAUACAUAUAUAUUUUUUUAACUGGGAUAUAUUGGCAUAUAACAUUAGUUCAGGUAUAUGAGUCGAUAUUUGUAUAUAUUGUGAAAAAAUUUUAUAUUUUUAACUGAAUUAUUUUAUUACAUACAAAGGACUAAGCAUACUAUAAUGUACACUCAUGUAUCUUCCACCAAGCUUAAGAAUCAAAACCUUUCAAUCCCUAGGGUGCUGCCUUUGUGCCCUUAAUCAUUCUCCUCCUUCCUCAUACCAGAAAUAAGCACUACUCUGAAUUUUGAAUUUAUCAUUCUUAGCUUUUGUUUAGAAAUUUAUUACAUAUGUAUGUGUCCUUGGCAAAAUAUUUACUUUUACGUGGUUUUAUACUCUACAUAAAUAGUAUUGUUUGUGUUCUGAAAAGUCCUGGUUUUUGGUUUACCAUGUGUUUGUAAGAUUUACCCAUUAUUGAGGCAUGUAACUCCAGUAAUCGCACUUUCAUUCCAUUAUGUAAAUAUACCACUGUUUAGUCAUACAUUUUUUUUUACAAAUGGACAUUUAGUUUCCCGUUUUUUUGCUAUUAAAAACAAUGAGCCCAUGCACAUUAUGUACAUGUUUCCAUGGGUAAGAUUGUCUAGCAUUUAGCCUAGAUGGGGAACAGCUGGGUAGUAAAGAAUACACAUCUUCAUUUUUGACAGAAGACAGCAAAUUCUCUUCCAAAUUGGUUGUGCCCAUUGGUGUUCCUACCAGUUGUGUAUGAGUUCCACUUUCUGAUGUUCUUGUUAACACUUAGCAUUAUCUGAUUUUAAAAGUUUGCUAAUCUGGUCGGUGAAAACUGGUAUCCUGUUCUCAUACUAGUCUCAUUUUUCUUUUUACCUUUUCUAUGAAAAUGUGACGAAUCCCAUAUACUCAACACCCAACUUCACUUACCAAUUCAGAGCUAGGCUUACAUCUGCAAUAACUCGACUCAUUCCCUCACUCCCUGAGCUUUGGAAGCAAAUCCCAGGCAUUAUUUUAUUCCUCUGUAUUUAAGUAUGUAUCUCUAAAUUAUUGGAAGUUUAAAACAAUAUGACAAUAUGACAAUUCUUUAAAAGAAUAGAUGUUUUAUUUUUUUAAUAUAAAAACUUUCACCUAUACUUUGUAGUCUGUGUGUUUUGUCUUAUUUAGGAAGUCCUUCCUUAAUUCUGUAUUUUCUCCUGGAAGUAUUUCACAUGUAGGUCUUUAAUCCAUCUGGAUAUUUUGUUUGGGUUUGUUUUUGUUAUUGUUGCUCCUGGCUUAAAAGUCAGAGCUCCAGUUUUGUUUUGUUUUUUCCAUUUGAACAGCCAUUAUUUACUGACUAGUCCAUCCUUUCCCCCAGUGACUGUGACGUCACUGCUUGUUACAUGCAGGGGUCUAGUCCUGGGUUCCCAGUUUCCUCCAUUUCUGUGUUUGUGUGUACCUGUAUCAGUGGCACACUGACUUACUAUGGUUUUUAAUAAUUAUGCCUUAAUAACUUGUAGGUCAGUUCUUCCCACUCCUCUUACUCAUCAAAGUCACUUUGACUUUUCUUGUUCCUUUAUUCUUUCAUAGAAAUUGUUCAUUCAGUUUGUCAGGUUCCAGGAAAAUGCCUGUUUUUUGUUUUUGUUUUCUAUUGGAUUUACACUGAUCGAACUGAGAGAUUCAUUUGGGAAGAAUAGAUGUUUUUAUGAUACUGAAUCUUUCUCUUCAUAAAAAUGGUAUGUGUCCAUUUAUUGAUGGCUUU